AUGUCUCGUCUGAGAGUGACGAUUCCUUCUGCGCCAACCCGUAUUGCGGCGGUGGUUGAGAAGACUUUCCAGGCUCUGAUUUCAGUCAUCAUUGUUUGUGUUAUCUAUAGAUACUGCUGGAUAGAUAUCUCCGAUCCAUACAAAUGUGGUGCCCUACUCAACAAAGGCCAAUGGCUGGAUCCAGGUCCGAGAUGGAGCUCGAAAAAUCCUUUUCAGAAUUGGCAACCUCCGGGGUGUAUGAUGUAUGAAUACAAGCGCAAAGACAUACAAGAAUGUUUCAAGGAACGCAGAUUGGUCUUUAUUGGAGAUUCUACCACACGACAAAUUUUCUGGGCAGUUGCAAAGAAGAUGGACCAAAGAAGAGCGGAGGAACAAAUCACAGAGCAUUUGGAUUUGGAUUUGGCGGACAAACAUAAGGAUUUGGAGUUUAGCUCUUCAGGUGUUACGGUCCAGUUUAUUUGGGAUCCAUAUCUCAAUUCUACGGGACUGGACCGAGAAUUAAAGAGCUUUAAUGCAAAUCCAGCGCAAGAUUCGAAGACAGAUGAGAGUGCUGGGUUGAUAUUGUUGGGAGCUCCCGGGUUGUGGUAUGCGAGACAUGGACAGGAGAAUUUCUUCAAGGACUUCAGAGAUUCGAUUGAACAUGUUAUUCCUUUUAUGGAUCAUGAUGGAGGAGAGCAUGCUUUACGAGCUGCCGCAUCACAAUCGUUUCCUUCGAAGAGGAAAUCUCCAAAUUUCUUACUUUUGGCACCGGUGCAGGUACCUUGGUAUCAGGCUCUAUCGCCCUCUCGAGAGGAGACUAUUACACCGGAAAAGAUCGAUCAAAUGAAUGAUUAUUUACAACAGGUUUCCGCACAUUCGGAAGCUGACAUCGUUUGGAGUUUUUCGCUCAUGACUUGGGCUGGCCAAGGAGAAUACGAGGAGAGUGGAUUGCAUGUGGUUGAUAAUGUGGCCCAUCGAAAAGCUGAUGUUUUGCUUAAUCUUCGUUGUAAUGCAGACUCCGUUGGACGAGGCUAUCCUUACGACCGGACUUGUUGUAAUAACUACCGACAGCCUAAUUUGAUUCAAUGGCUUUUUGUUUUGGUUGGAAUGAUAUUACUUCCUAGUGUCUUUUUACUGCGCCGUAAGCAUUUCUUAAGAAUUGGACGUCUAUUGCCUCAACCAGAAGUUCUUGGUGCUCUUAUGACUUUUGCUUUGGCAAUUUGCUAUUGCUACUAUGCUGAUCGAACUCAAUUGUUUGAAAAAGAGCAUAAGCAAUUUCAUAAAAGAGAGGUUCUUAUUGCUUCUUCUGCUGUACUUAUCGCUGGUCUUCUUUCCGUUCGGUUGAUCAAUCCUUCGAGUCCUUCCAAGGGUAAUCAUGAAGUCGGAGCUCAUGCUUUCGAUUAUGGAUUCCUUUCGAGAGAUCAAACUGAUGAGUGGAAAGGAUGGAUGCAAUUCUUAAUUCUUAUUUAUCACUAUACACAUGGAUCGAAAACUCUAUGGCUGUUUGAAAUCAUGCGAAAUCUUGUGGCUGGUUAUCUUUUCAUGACAGGAUAUGGGCAUACGAUGUAUUUCCUCAGGAGAGAAGAUUAUUCUUUCAAAAGAGUGGCCAGUGUUUUAAUUCGACUGAAUAUGCUUACUUGUGCUCUGGCAUAUAUGAUGCGUACUGAUUAUAUGGCUCAUUACUUUGUUCCACUUGUUAGUUUCUGGUUCUUGGUAGUCUACUUUACUUUGAAGGUAAAGCAAGAGAAGAAUUCCAGCACUGGAUUCUUAUUGGGGAAGAUUUUUAUUUCAGCUAGUCUCACAACGGCUUUUAUCAAAAUCCCUGGGGUUCUGGAAGUUUUAGCUUUCAUACUGAAGUAUACAUUUGCCAUUUCAUGGAAUAUGCAAGAAUGGAGAUAUCGUGCUGGAAUGGAUAUGUUCAUUGUGUAUAUCGGUAUGAUAACAGCGAUUCUCUAUCUACGUCUCAUGCGUAUCAAAAGCGCUUCCGUAAGUUGCACAUCUAAGAUCGAUGUUCUUCUUCGACCGGUCGCGCGCCAUCCGACACCUUUCAAGACUACCGCUAUAAUAGCCUCGAUCAUUCUCCUCCCUGGCUUCCGCCUCUUAACUCGACGAUCCCCAGAUAGAGAAGAUUAUCUCUGGUGGCAUCCUUACAUUUCCGCGAUUCCAAUUCUCUCAUUCAUCACCUUAAGGAAUUCUCAUAGCAUUCUGAGGAGUUGUCAUUCGAUGAUAUUUGCAUGGUUGGGAAGAUGUUCGUUGGAGACUUUUAUUUUGCAAAGUCAUAUUUGGAUGGCAGCCGAUUUAAAGGGGAUUCUGAGAUUGGGGGUCUGGGAUAGGUGGUCGGAGGCUGCGUUACUUACGGUUGUUUUUGCGUGGGUUGCCUGGAGGGUAGAGGGAGCUACGGAGAGGAUUACCGGAUGGAUCGUUGAUGGAGGUUGGAAUGGAGGCAGUGCGAGGGAUGGCCAGGUUCAAGGGCAAAAACACCAUACGAGUCAUGAGUUAGGUGGCUUGGGAGCAACUUUGAAACCGGACUUGUUGCCGAUGGUUGAGGAUGGAGAGGCAACGCCGAGUAAGAGUUUUAGAUUUGGGAACUGGGGCGAAGAUGCGAAUGGGAACGUAACGAGGGUGAGAUGGUGGAGGAAUACAAUUGUGAGAGGUAUGAGCACGGAUUUGAGAUGGAGAGUGGGUGGAAUUCUGGUCGGGUUAUGGGUAGGGAAUUGGGUUUAUAGGUGA